GUGAGCUCUCCUGAAGUCAACGCUGUGUUCCACUGAAUAGCCACCAAAUGAUAAGCUGCAGCUGCUGCUACUAGAAGCUUCUUUUGUGCUGUAAUUCUGCCCCAUGCCCCCUCUCACUCCCUGGUCCUAUGCUACAACAAACAAACAAUUAGCAACAACAAAAGCCCAGGUAGAAAAUAGUCUGUCUUCAAGGUAGAGCCGAUGUGACUGAUGGGGCUGCUGGGUUAGCUUCUGGGUCAGCCUUGCUAUAUUCUCUUGGGUUAUUUGGCUUACCUGCAGACCUACUUAAUCACUUUGAAGUGUCCACCCUGCUGGUGGUAAGGGGGCAGGUGUUCGAGCCCAGGUGGCACUCAAGUGGGCCCACCACUGCCUGUCCCCCCAUAUAUAUUAGAGAGACAGAGAGAGAGAGAGAGAGAGAGAAUGCCCACAUUAGUGAAACACUGGAGAAUUUGAAACAAUGACAAUUAAGUAAAUACAAAAAUAAAUAAAAGCUCAUACUCAGUAACCUUUAACAAUGUGAACUACAAGAAACUGAAAGUGAAAUUCUAAAUCCUGUUAUAAAAGCUGCUUCACUGGCAAUAGAUUUAAAUAUAUAUAUAUUCUACUUGCUUCCAAAUGGCUCUGUGUCGCAAAGAACCCAACCCUGGGGACCUGAUUGAGAUUUUCCGAAUCGGCUACCAGCACUGGGCUAUCUACGUGGGAAAUGGUGAAGUGAUCCAUCUUGCUCCUCCGAGUGAGUACCCGGGUGCUGGCUCCUCCAGCCUCUUCUCAGUUCUGAGCAGCAGGGCAGUGGUGAAACGAGAGCCCUUGGAGGAUGUGGUGGGGAGCUGUGAUUAUCGGAUCAACAACUACUUGGACCACAAGCACACACCCCUGCCUGUGAACAAGAUCCUCAGUGCCGCUAAGGAGAAAGUUGGGGUGGAGAUGGAGUACAGUGUACGAAGCAGGAACUGUGAGCACUUUGUCACCUCCCUGAGAUAUGGGGUGCCCUUCAGUGAGCAGGUGGAAACCGUUGAGACUGCAGCAGCAGUGACCGUGGGGCUGGGCACGCUGGGUAUCAUCGCCAUGUCUCUUUUGAAGAAGAAAUCCCAAAACCAGUAACAGGAUCCUGCCUUAGAAGUAUCUGCAAAACCUCACAAAAGAGACUGGUCUGCUUCACCUUUCUGCGGGGACAAACGAAAUUUCUCUCACUUUCCUUCUCUCACAGUGUUCAUGUUUCAAAAAGGAAAAAAAUAAAUAAAUGACUUUCUACUUUUUCCUUCAGAAAGGACUUAGAAUAUGUUUUGGGGAGAUCCUUUUCACCAGAAAGGAGAAAGUGGCAUGGCCUCUGCCCUUGUUAGCUCCUUUUAUUCAUUUCUAGAUUCAUGAGCUAGCUUGACUCUCUGACCUCAGUUCCUUUCAGUCUAAGACAGAGUGAGAGAUGGUCCAGUUCACAAUGAUAACAUGAUGACCAGUCAGGUGGUGUGCAGAAGCCCCCAGACCCAUGUCUGCUCUGUAGCAGAUGCUCAGUGGAUGUUCAUUUCACUCUGUGUGGACCCUUCAUUCAUUCAUUUUGCUCCACAGUCUUCACCACCUCCCAGUGCAGCUACAUCUUUCACUGUGUGAGCCCCC